UUGGGAAAUGCCUCUUCUAUUUAAGUUUUUGAGGGGGGCUCUAAUUUGAGCCCCAGUUCUAUGUAAAAUUUUUUCCCUUUUCUUUAUAUUCGUAUAUGUAGACAUCUCAAGGUCCAUUUGGAAAGUUUUCUAAACACUAUUUUUUAUGAUUUUUGAGCUAUGGUACAAGGCUGUAACCAUGUACAAACUUUUUUCAAAUCAAGAACUUACCGAACUUUUACAAUGAGUGGACUGGUUUGAGUUUGAGAGCUCAACUCUAGACGAGGAGGAAGAGGGUAACAUAACAUAAAAGAAAAUGGCAGCAGCGACAUUUACAUCUGCAAUUGCAGCAGCAGCAGUACCACUUGAAAAUAACAACAACAAUAUCAUCUCUUCUUCUCCUUUCUUCCCACGGAAGCAAAAUAAAGAAGAAGAAGGAAUUCCUCCACAUUCUUCUUCUUCUUCGCGGCUUUCAAAACCCUCGUGGGUUGUAAGGACUGAGUCAAAUGUCUGGAAAGAGAGAAGAAAGAGGCCAGAUCCACCUUGUGAUACUUGCAAAGGGACUGCAAGAGUAGAUUGCCGCCAUUGUCUAGGAAGAGGCAGGACUAAUUGUGUGCAUCUUCCUAUGCUUCCUAAAGGAGAAUGGCCUAAAUGGUGCAGGAUUUGUGGUGGAAGUGGCCUGGAUUAUUGUUCCCGAUGCCUAGGGACAGGGGAAUACAGAGAUAUAAUGGGAUUUCGUUUCAUGAAGUUGGACAGCAAUCCAUAUAAGAAACACCAAUAGAAUUUCUCAGAUCAAUAGUCAAACAAAAUAAGUAAUCUCUCUUGUUUUAAGAGAUGGUUUCAGGUGGGUUGCAGCAGUUGAUUCUCAAGUUUGGUGGUCUAGAGGUUACACACAUUAAAAGAAGAGAAUCUAAUGAAAUUAAGAUUUCUUUUUAUGCCUUCGUUUCACAGUUAUCUUUUUCUUUCCACAAUUUCUUUCUGUCCUGUUUUGCUGUUUUUGUAUUGCUAUUAGUGUUCUAAAAAAAAAUGCACCUGUAGAUAGAGAACUUGAAAAUGCAGUAUGGUUGUUAAUUACCAAUGAAUCUUCACAAUUUGUUAUUCAGUCUGGGUUCAGAUAUCAAAUUGAUGGCUUCUCAAUACAUUUUGAUACAUUUGGUUGCAUCCAAUGCCUACAAAACUAGAGUUGGGCUUGGACCUCAGGCCCAAGAUUGGCUGAGUUACUUGGGCAAGUCUGAGUCCACUCGUUGGAGGCCACGCCGAGAUUGAAAGAAGCCCCAAAGAAAA